AGUCCUCCUCCAGGGCUUGCUUCAGAAGUUUUUAUCGUAAUUUUUUCUCUUUAUCGUAAAUUCGAAUGCUUGUUGAAGUUUUGGGCUCAUGAUAAUAUAUAUAACGAAUCUAUCACCAGAAGCUUAAGAGUCAAUUGUCGUUGUUGUUGCUCUUGAGUACUUGAGAAUUUUCCGUUUAUUUCAUUCUCUUGGUCAUCAAGCUCGCAGUCGCACGACACAGAGUCAGACACAGCAUCCUCUCAAAGUCUAUUCAGAGCACCAAAAAAGCGAAGUGGCUUGUAAAAAGAACUUUCAAGUAGAAUAAAACGAACACGACAUCGACACUUUCAAUCACUGAUACUUUUUACCAGAGGACAUUCUACUUUUGCUCGGAGUAGCUAGCAGGUAAUUUUCUUAUCAUACUAGCCCUCGUAACGACGCAAAAAUGACGACUUGCAGUAGCGGUGUGUCCGCCGCCAAGGGCAAGAUUUCCGAGGCGACCCUGGUUGGGCGUGCUAACAUGAUUCGCCCGGAGGAUAUCUUCUGUACAACUGAAGCACAACAAAAGCACUUGGCAGCGUUUCAAGCUGGCAGCAAGGAUUGGCUCAGCUAUCAGCACGAGGCUGAAGACGAAAGCGAGAUCGAGGCCUGCGAAGACUUUCUGCGCCACGUGCUCUGCCUUCUGGUCGAGCAGUUGGUGUCUAGGUCAAGCGGCGGAGAAAUACCUGGUGGGACAGCGUUGACGACGGAGAACGCACGAGAUGCAAUCGCGUUGCUACAGCACAAGAUGUCUAGACGUGGUGAGCAAAAGCGAGCUGCCAAAGGAGCCGAGGCGAGUACGGCGUCGCAUACACCGGCAUCCAGUCGCGUAGCGGAAGAGGAAGAGGGGAAUGGACCAGUGGACGAAAAGAGAGAAGAACAAACCGUCGAUGUGGUCGUGGAAGACAUUAGCGCUUUAGCGAUGAAAGACAAAGUUGUCGCCGAGAUGGAAGCGGUAGACGAGGCCUCAACCAGUGCGACCACUGAGCAUGACACAGCUGACGCUCAACAAGAAGAGGAGCGACAGCUGGCUUUGCUUGCACGCUUCCUUGAUGAAGUUUCCGAAAAGCAGUGGGAGGACGCCGUUCGCAACACGCGGCGUCACUUUCAAUGCGCCCCACCGAAAAGUCGUAUGGUCAAGACCUUGUCGCAGCUUGUUUUCGAUAGAGUUCUACCCAGAGGAACAGCGGUCGAACGUAUUCUCAAGAAAAAAGCUGUGCGCAGUAACUCGGGUGUCGUUGUGAUUACCGUCGUGACGGCUCCAGGUAAAUUUUCCUGCCCACACGACUGCUACUACUGUCCAGACGAACCGGGACAGCCCCGCUCCUACCUCUCGACCGAGCCAGCGGUUCAGCGCGCGAAUCAAAAUGACUUUGACCCUGUGAAACAGUUUCUCGAUAGGUACUGACUUCACAAUUCUCUUCCCCUUUUUUAUGUUUUUAAAGCGAAACGUAGUACUAAUUUUUUCGAUACUUGCGAAAGUCCUCGCAGCUCGAGUGAUCCCUCCCUGUCCACGCAAAACAAUUUCUUCUCAUCCAUUCGUCAAGAUCAACAAUACAUUAUGGCUUCCAAGUGUGGCAUGACACAGUUCACUUACCAUUGACUUUCAGGGCUGCGACACUCGCGAAGCAAGGCCAUGAGGUUGACAAGGUCGAAAUAAUUGUGCUCGGAGGAACGUGGAGUGCAUACAGCAAGGAGUACCAAGACCAGUUUUGCCGGGAUCUCUUCUAUGCUGCAAACACAUUCACGAACGAGGACGAGCUGCGACGAGGCCUCUCGCGGGCGUCGGAUCUAGUUGGUUCGACGAAUCAUUUCCAAGCCGCAUCUAGUGGGUUGCGUGAGCGUCUCGAGCUGGCAGAAGAACAGCGACUCAACGAAGCCUCGGCGUGCAAAAUCAUCGGCCUCACGUUGGAGACUAGACCCGAUCACAUCAGCAAGGCAGAGGUACAAUGCGCUUGAAAUGUUCUUGUAUCUACAUGGGAUGAUGUUGAAGUAACUGCAAAAACAAAAAGUUCAAACUGUGUCAAAAAUAAUCUUGAUCUUCAUCUUCGGAAUCAUCGAUCAUGAUUACUUUCUCAGAUUACGAUCUGCAUUUCAAUAAGAGACUUACAUCAACAAACACAUUAAAGGUUCGUCGCUUGCGAUUGCUCGGUUGCACGCGUGUGCAGCUUGGUGUGCAGCACACUGACGACGAGAUUCUGCGUAAGGUGAACCGAGGCCACAGCACCAAGCGGAGCGAAAAAGCCGUAGCCCUCUUGAAGACCGCAGGAUUCAAGGUGGAUAUUCACUUGAUGCCAGAUCUUCCCGGAAGCAACCCCGAAAAAGACUGGGAGAUGUUCCGUUACGUUUUGAACAGUGACGCCCUGCAGGCGGAUCACUGGAAGGUGUACCCUUGCGAAGUGACGCCCUUCACGACGAUCGAACAGUGGCACGCACAGGGUCUCUACGUCCCUUACACGGAUCUCGAACCGCAGAAGAUGAUCCACCUCUUGUGCAACGUGAAAGUCAACGUGCACCCGUGGAUCCGGCUCAACCGCGUCAUCCGAGACAUUCCAGAAGUUAGCAUUAUCGCGGGAAACCAGAACACGAACCUCCGACAGGUGCUCUUUGAGCGGCUCGCAGCGUGCGGGGAGAGCUGCAAGUGCACGCGAUGUCGCGAGGUGCGCAAGUAUGGGGAGCCACUUGAUAAGCUCUUCGUGCGCGUGAGGCGGUACCGGAGCAGCGGCGGUUGGGAGUUCUUCCUCAGCGUCGAAGGCGCCGAUAGAGGCUUGGGCGGCGGUGCCGAAAAGCGCAGCAAGAACGGGAACGGAAAGAACAAGGACGGAGGCAAAAGUAACAAGAUUACAGGAGAUCGUAACGCGAGGGCGACGACAUCAAAGGGCGAGGAGGUUAUGAACGAAACUACAUCUUCAGCCCCACAACCAAAAGGAGCGGAGGACGAUGACGAGCAAGUGUUUGAUCUGUUCGGCGAGGGAGGGGACUUCGUCGCAGCAGGUGCGGAACAAGAUACAACAGUGUCCACCUCCCCCGUUGAAGUUGAAACAGAUCCCAAGAGAGCUACACUUACAUCCUCACCAGAAGCAGGAAAACAAAUGCCUUCGUCGAAUGGAACAGCGGGCACGUCUUCUUCGGCACAACCUUCCGCCAAAUCUUCAUCAACAAGCUUCUUUAGCGUGGCCACCGCAGUAGGGAGUUCUGUUGCACAUAGUGUGAGCGGAAUCCUUACUGGUGCGGGUCGUGCUGUCUCGUCGUCGACAUUUUUUUCCAACGAUGCGAGCGCAAAUGCGUCUUCUUCGUGCACAACGACAAAAACACUUCUCUGCGAUGACACCAACAGCUCGAAGAAGGACGCAUCAAGCACAAACCAGAACAAAGGAACUGAGGAUCAUCCAGCCGCAGCUCAGCGUCAUCAGCCCUCCCGUGGCAAUCACGGAAAUGAGACUCGAACGACUAAGCAGACGAAAAUUCGUAGGGCGCUGAAGGGUGCACCACCACCAGGGUCUACCCAGCCGAGCACUGUGCCUUUCAACCUCAUGACAGCAGCAGACGAGGAUCCCUAUCGUUUCAUGACAGACUUCGACCCAAGCACGGUUCUGUGCGUCCCGGUGGACAAGAAGAUGGCUUCUCGAACUGAGAAGCCAACGGAAGCGCUUCAGGGCGAAGGUACAGCGUCUUCUAGUGCUUCAUCGUCUGCAUCAACAUCCACGACUACAAGUACAAACAUAGUUGACGAGGGGCAAGCUGAGGCGGCCUGCUCCUCGACGAUUCUCGAUCGGUUCAGCACCUGGGUCCGCCAGACUGUUGGCUACGAAAACGAAGCUGCAACAUCGACGGGGAACAUAUCCGCGGCGCUGAAGUCCUCGAAGCAGAUGAAGUACAAUGGCAACCCCUAUGGGUUCCAUCAAUACAGCGACGCUCGCAGAUAUGUCUUAUCGAAAGCACAGCAACCAGAUUACAAGAACUCUUCGGCAAAUGCCGCGCCACUUUCACCACUGGCUGUGUCAGGAACAGGACACGCAGACAACUUUGAUGACCGGGACAAAGAACCCACGUCGUGCACCCUUAGAUCCCGUGAUAACGGUACCCUUUACGGCCUAUUGCGAUUGCGACUGAAUGAUGAUCCGACAGCCGUCAAAGAAAUGUUUCCUGAGCUGAUAAAUUCAGCGCUCAUUCGUGAGUUGCACGUCUACGGCGAGGUGCGGCCGGUGUAUCGGGAGAACGACAAGGAGAACGGAGUCACGUUGAACGACGAUCCCACAGUCGCACCCGAGACGUCAAAUGCGGAGGAUCCUCCCUCAUCAAUGUCUAGUACAGCGGAGGGUCUGACGAAGUCAUCUUCGGGUAAUAUGACACACGACAACAGCAUUUCAACAGAGGACUCUACAGUUUUCCGUCCACCGCGGUCGUAUUAUGCAGGUAAGAAGCCAGCAGGAGGAGCCGACGGCAAGCAGGGCUCCGCACAGCAUGGUGGUAUCGGGAAGUUGCUCAUGUGUGUCGCGGAAACCAUCGCAGAGCGACACCGAUGCGAACAGAUCGCCGUGAUUUCUGGCGUUGGCGUUCGAAAUUACUACAGGAAGUUGGGCUACGAGCAGCGUGGUGUUGGACGAUAUCUCAUCAAGCCCCUCAUGUCAGAGGAGGAGAAGAACACCAGCAGACCCACGACCGCUGGUUCGAUGGGCACCGCAACAUCUUCCUCAUCUAACAGCAAAGGAAGUGCGUCUGUUCGUCCAGUGUUUGCUGUGGGAGACGCCGAAGAUGACGCUUUCCUGUCUUCUCUCGAGAUUCCGUUUAACAACUGGCAGGAGCGCGGAGCCAACGCAAUCACACCACCAAGUACGGGCUUCAGAACGCAUACAAAACAGAGCAGGGCGAAAGAGAGCGGCUCAGAGGAUGAUAAUGAGCAGCGACAAACGCGGGGACUACUUCAUGGAGAAGAUGAGAGCAUCUUCAUCAAGAAGGAGGAGCUUGCACGCUGGAUUAUGCUUGGCAGUGGGGUCGCUCUAGCAUCCAUAGUUGCACAUCGAGCGCUAAGAGCUCGUAACAACUAAGAGGCAAGAAGGUUCUCUGGGCACGACGGUACAUCUUUCAUCUCCCGGUAGCCCAGCCCCCAAAUUUGAGAUUACUAAGAUACCCCUGAUGUCAUGACAAACGUGCGCGUUCAUUGUGAUGAUGUAGUUGUUGACAUUCUUAUUGUUCAGUCACCCUUACCUUGACAACUAUCACUAUGAUGAUCACGACAAUUUACAGCGCAUGCGCUUGUGCACAUUGCUCUUCAUGAUGAACUUCGGUUCCGGACCCGGACUAAAACUCAAGCUUGCAACUGUAUGAAUUCAAUGAAUCAUGCGUAAUACUGAAUGAAAGGAGAAUAAACGACUACGAACGAG